AUGGCCUCUGGCUCCAAGCUGCCAAAACAAAGUGCUGGCGUGUCGGGAGUUGGCAAACAAGCCCCCACCCAAAGCACGCAGGGACAUUCACAUACUCAUGAAGAUCGCCACGAUGACACAGGCAAUCUCCACAGCCAUGACCACAAAUCGCUAUUCCACACCCAUACCCACUCCAACCAUCAUAACGAGCUUUUGGGUAAGGGAUUUCUCACGAACCCGGCAGUAAGAAUCACGUGGAUCGGGCUCGUGGUGAACGUUGUCAUGGCCGGGUCGAAAGCCGUGGGUGGAGUCUACUUCCAUUCGCAAGCCUUGAUAGCAGAUGCAAUCCACUCUGUAUCUGAUAUGGUUGCUGACUUUUUGACGUUGGCAACCGUGAACGUUGCUCUGAAGGAAGGCUCCUAUACCAAAUACCCAUUGGGAUAUGGAAAGCUCGAAUCACUAGGCACGUUUGCUGUGGCCGGAGUGCUCUUGUUUGCCGGCUUCACAGUAGGGUGGUCUUCAUUGCUACAGAUCUUUGAGAUUUUCUUGCCCUCCCACAUAUAUGAGCAGUUGCUGGUGUUGCAAGUGCAUUCACACUCUCACUCUUUGGGCCCCGAUAUACCCGCAGACCACUCUCACUCCCACGCGUCCGUUGGUCUGUCUGAGAGGGUUGCACCCAAUAUCAAUGCUGCAUGGAUCGCUCUCGCGUCUAUCGGUGUAAAGGAAAUUCUCUACCGGAAAACCAUGAGCGUGGCGCAUCAAACGAACUCAAAGAUUCUUGUUGCCAACGCAUGGCACCAUAGAGUUGACUCUUUGACCGCUGGUGUUGCUUUCAUUACUGUGACUAGCGGCGUUCUAUUGGGUUGGUCUUGGUUGGACGCAGUCGGGGGUCUUGUUGUUUCAGCAUUGAUCAUGAAGGCGGGGUCUGGAAGCUUGAAGGUCGCUUGGUAUGAACUAAUAGACAGGGGCUCCGACCCCAAAUCCGAGGAUUACACCCAGAUCAGGCUGAUUGUCGAUACCGAAGUGAAGAACGUUUCACAAGCAAUGAAAACCGGAUUUCAGUUGACGGACUUUUCGGUGUUGACGGCUGGCGCAAGAACGAACUUGAUUCUCAAGUUAACCACAGACAAGGACAUAGCGUUAGCCGCCAUCAAUGACUUGGAGCACGAUUUGGUUGCAGGAAUCCGGGAGAAGGACAAGACCGUCGGGAAAGUUUUUGUCGAGUAUUCGUUGAACGAUGACAAGCACACAUGA